UAUAAGACCAAUAAUGGCUACGAUGAUCAGUUCACAAUUCUGCAAACCAUAUUAUCCACACUAGGUAUCUGAACAUUCAUUCAAGCGAGAAUACAAUGAAGAUAAAUCUAUAUUUGAGAGUACUCCUCUUGGCAUUACUGAUCAAAAUUGUAACAGCUAAUGUUAGACUUCAACGUUCACCUCAGCACUACUGUGGUUCUAGAUUGGCAGACAUCAUGAUGGUUGUAUGCAAAAAUAAGUACAAUGGACCAAAUGGACAAAAAAGAAGUCAAAUUAAUUCUGAUGUAUGGGAUUACAAAGACCUAGAAGACUACAAUGCAAUCGACUACCCAUACUUACCUAAGAAAGAAGCAAUGUCUUUUAUGCCCUCACGUUUACUUCGCUCUCUCAAAAGAAGUAUUAUCGAUGAAUGCUGUCACAGGCCCUGCUAUUUAUCUGAGCUAAAAACUUACUGUGGAAGUCCGUAGUGAUUGACUUAGUUAUAAGUGAUAUUAUAGACUCUGAAUAAACUAUUAUUAUAUAAA